AUGGCCUUUCACAGCCCUGCAAGUUCCGAAUCGGAGUUCUUCUCUCUUCAAGACUCCCUCAGACCUCGACUCCAAGCUUUGAGUGUUGAAAAAGAAGAACAACGAGUGCGUGAUAUCCCUUACAUGUCUCACGCGGCUUCCUCCCAGCGGCGCAACCUUCUCUUCGUAGCGCAUGGAUCCGAUAUCUAUGUGUGGAUCCCAUCGGGUCCUUUCCAGGUCUUGGGUUCUCAGGCCGAGAUGAUUAUCAAACCAGUCAUGAAGCACCCCCAAGCCGAUGGUUACAUUGAUCCGGCGAAUCCGCAUACCAUCAACAAUAUUAUUGUGGAUGAGCUAGGUCGUGACGAGGUCCUGCUGUUGGCAACCGAUUCCGGCAACGUCUGCGGAUACCAUGUCGAGGCAAUCUUUUCCGCCUUGAAGCGAUGCGCCAAAAGCGGUUACAAACGGCCGUUUGAUGGCGCCGAAGUGACUCCAUUCUUUGUGGAAAAUGUCGGCAUGAGCGCCUGGGGCCUUGCAACUCACAAGUUUGCCCGUUUGAUUGCUAUUAGCGCGAACACUGGCCAGAUCACAGUCUAUGCCUUCGCCUUGGUAGACCCAUCAUCAGAAGACAUGGAUGAUCCUGCCUCAGAUCCCGAUUCAGACGGUCUGAACACCACCCAGUCUGACCAGACCUGGAUUUCUAUUCAUAAUAUCAAGCAGUUGCGGGAAUUACAGAGGUCUAUGCCUCGUAACCACCGUUCACGCAAUCUACGCUUAACAUAUAGGGGUCACUUCGACAAUAUCCCACACAUAUCCUUUGCCAACUUUGACUUGGAUUCCAAUGGCUCAUGGAUGACCAGCACUGAUAUCAGCAAUCGGGUCAUAAUUUGGCGUAUAUGGGAUGACCUCGGUCCAUACAGGGUAUAUUAUCCCGGUCACCCGUUGAACAAUCCUCCCCAGAGGGGGUGGACUGUCAUACCCCUGGACCCAAGAACCUUCAAACGCCACCAGACGAAAGAGGACGCAUGCGGAUGUGAGCCAGGCUCUGUGCUACUCGCAUCUAGAACGAUCCUGGAUGUGUCUAGGGCCAUCCAAGGUGUGCGAGAUGCGUCGCAGAUAUUCGUAUUCGGCGCCAUCAGCUCCAAACGCCCGCGAAAUCUGAAUCGCCAAGUUCAGUGCUUGCCUGAUACCAUUUUCUCAGCCGGGUCUAGGGUAGAACAGCAUUCUCGAACGGACUUGAAGUCGGAUUCGGGACCCAGAAACGCGGUUGGUGAUAAGCGCGAGGCUGACGUCGAAGGGGAAUUGGUCACUGAUUCAGAAUUCGACGAUGCCUCAAGUGUUGAUUCAUCAGACCGGGUGGUACGAGUCAAACGCCCCCUGGCAAGUCUUUAUGAGGAGAGCGACCAGCUCCACACAUCACCUUGUCUGCACCCAGACUUUGUCUAUGACUUGGAGGGUUUCUCCGACCACAGCCUCAAGCUUUUCACAGAAAGGCCUGUACAUCCCGUCCAUCCUCCCCAAUUCUUCCCUACCAUCCACUUUUCUGAGCACCAUAUCAGUAUGGCGCCCUACCCAAUCGACUCAGACUACCAUCUCCUCAGUCGAAAUCCUUUAUUCCAACGCUUCUCUUUCACUGUCGAAAUGAGCUCCGCCUGUGAUCGCUUCAACAUGGUCAAAUACGUUCCCGAGCUUGGAAUCGUGGUUGCAGCGUCACAGAAAGGCCGCGUGGCGAUCAUAUCUCUUACUUGGCAAGAAGAGAUUGGCUAUGCAUUCCGCCUCGACUGGAUCGUUCCAUUCCAUACCCAAGAGCGUAGCGAUGAACGGCCUAUGAUCCCACUCCUUGGUAUGGCUGUCAGCCCUAUGCCAGGGUACGAAAUCCCGCCGGAUGUCCCCUCCAUCCCGCGUGGUGUUGACCCUGACGAUUGGCUUCAAUUUAACUACCGCAUCCUCAAUCCUGAAGAAGACGACACUCCUUCUUCGCCCUCAUCUACAACACCCGAUCCUUCCAUAUCCAAACCGUCUGCUAAGACAGACCCUUCUCAUGCUACACAUGACUCCCAGUCUGACAACGACGAUGAGGAUUCUCAUUCACCCUCUGGCUCUGAAUCCGAAUCAGACGAAGCGCCCUCGGAGACACACUCCAAUACGACAGAAUCAAACAAUGACAACCAAAAUUAUACCCUCCCAGAACUUCACGCCCAUGCCUCUCGCGCUUAUCAUCCGCAGGAACGCUGGGACGGCUGGCAUCCGUCCCGCCACUACAGAUUAAUGCUUCUGUAUUGUGACCACACGGUGAUGAGCUAUGAAUUCUGGCACGACUGGAAGGACUAA